AUGCCUCAACGCAAGGAGCCAAUUGCCAUCAUUGGCAGUGCCUGCAACUUUCCCGGCAAUGCCACCACUCCAUCAAAGCUAUGGGAAUUGCUGAAGGAGCCUUAUGAUCUCUCGAAACCCGUUCCACAAAAUCGCUUCAAUGCUGAUGUUUGGCACCACAAAGAUAACGCCCAUCAUGGUACUAGCAACGUCACCAAAUCCUAUUUCCUCGAGGCAGACCCUUCUGCCUUUGAUGCAACUUUCUUCAACAUUCCACCAAACGAAUGCGAGGCUAUCGACCCACAGCAGCGUAUGCUCCUUGAAACGGUUUACGAAUCCUUAUGCGCGGCCGGCGUUACCAUGGAGAGUCUCCGCGGGUCUUCUACUGCUUGCUAUGUUGGGCUCAUGUGUGACGACUGGGCUGGCAUGCUGGCUAAGGACUGGGACUGUUUACCGCAGUAUGCUGCAACCGGGAUAUCUCGUGCCAUUAUGGCUAACCGUAUCUCCUACUUCUUCGAUUGGCAUGGCCCGUCCAUGACCAUAGAUACCGCCUGCUCGUCUUCAUUGGUAGCUGUCCAUGAAGCCGUUCAGGUCCUCAGAAGUGGCGACUGCAAUGUCGCAGUUGCUUGUGGAGCCAACUUGAUCCUUACCCCUGAUGGAAAGUCACGGAUGUGGGAUCAAGGUGCCAACGGCUACGCGAGAGGUGAAGGCCUUGCGGCUGUGGUUCUGAAGACCCUGAGCCAGGCUAUCAAGGACGGUGAUCAUAUUGAGUGUGUCAUCCGGGAGACUGCCUUCAACCAGGAUGGCCGCACUACUGGUAUAACCAUGCCGAGCAACCUUGCUCAAACAGCCUUGAUUAGAGAAACAUACAAAAAGGCUGGCCUUGACCCCUUAGAUCCCAACGACCAGCCUCAGUUCUUCCAUGCGCAUGGAACUGGUACACCUGCUGGAGACCCGCAAGAGGCCGAAGCAAUUAGCCGAGCGUUCUUCAAUGAUGACCAAACUGUUGAAAAGAAGCUCUGGGUUGGAUCUAUAAAAACCAUUAUUGGCCAUACUGAAGGCACCGCUGGCCUUGCCAGUCUUAUUGGUACCUCUCUUGCCCUACAAAACAAGACUAUUCCGCCAAACUUGCACUUUAACCAGAUUGCCGAGAAGGUCAAGCCUUUCUACACCAAUCUUCAAGUUCCAACGACAAGCCACCAGUGGCCAUCCCCCCCAGCUGGUCAGCCAAUGCGUGCCUCCGUGAACAGCUUUGGUUUCGGCGGUGCUAAUGCUCACGCAAUUCUUGAAAGUUAUGAACUGGUUGAGUCACACAAGCCAUGCGACAACACGCCCCUUUUCACCCCCCUAAUCUUCUCAGCACACUCAGAGAAGAGCCUUCGAGGGAUCCUUGAUGCAUUCUCCGAGUUUUUGAAUCUAGAAAACUCUCCUGAUCUUAGUGACAUUGCCUGGACUUUGCAAAAGCGGCGCUCAGCGCUGGCUUAUAAGAUCGCUAUCUCUGGCCGAACAACAACUGAUAUCGUUGCCACCAUAGAUGCAGCCCGUAAACAAAAGGAGGGUCUGGGUGUUCGAUCUUCAGGCCCUGAGAAACUGACGGUGCUUGGUGUCUUCACUGGUCAAGGAGCUCAGUGGCCAACUAUGGGUAGCGAACUUAUCAAAGCCUCCGCUCAUGUUCGAAACAUUAUCGCCGAUCUCGACCGGUCUCUUCAGGAGCUCCCUGAAGCGGAUCGGCCAAGCUGGUCCAUCCGGGGGGAGCUUGAGGCUGAUAAGCGAUCUUCUCGCCUUGCUGAAGCUGCCCUUUCUCAACCACUCUGUACUGCCGUUCAAAUUGUCCUGGUAGACCUACUUAAAGCUGCUGGCACCAAUUUGGAAUUCAAGGCUGUGAUUGGGCACUCUUCUGGCGAGAUUGCCGCUGCCUAUGCUUCUGGAUUUAUCUCUGCUCGAGACGCUAUCCGUGUUGCUUACUACCGCGGGCUGUACGCCAAGUUCGCUAGUUCUUCCUCUGGAAAGAAAGGAGCAAUGAUGGCAGUUGGUACAACUCUUGAAGAUGCCGAAGAAUUUUGCCAGCUUGAGGAGUUUUACGGCCGUAUUACUGUUGCAGCAAGCAAUGCUGCCACCAGUGUGACCCUCUCAGGAGAUGAGGAUGCAAUUGAUGCAGCUCUAGUGGUGUUUAAGGACGAGUCUAAGUUUGUUCGCAAGCUCAGAGUGGACACCGCUUACCACUCCUUCCACAUGAAUGCGUGUUCUGAAAUGUAUUUAAAGGCAAUGGAUUCCUGUUCCAUUCAGUUUAGAGACGGAAACCCCUCCAUCCCGUGGUACUCUUCAGUCAUCCCCGAUACAAAGAUGGCCUGCGCCAACCUCAAUGGCCAAUAUUGGGCUGACAACAUGAAUAAUACCGUUUUGUUUUCACAGGCUGGGAUUACUGCUGUGAAGGAGUCAGGUCCAUUUGACUUGGCUAUUGAAAUCGGACCCCAUCCCGCGUUGAAAGGACCAUGCCUGGAAAACUUGGAGCAAGCUACUGGUAUAGGUGGUACACCUUAUACUGGCCUCUUGUCGCGCGGUGUCGAUGAUGUCAAGGCAUUCUCUUCUGCUCUCGGCUACAUCUGGGAGUAUUUUGGCCCAUCUGCUGUCGAUUUUGAAGGGUAUGAUAAAGUGAUGUCUUCAGGUGCUCAACGCAAUAAUUUGUCCGGAGAACUUCCUGGAUAUUCUUGGGAUCACUCAAGGAGCUACUGGCUCGAUUCCCGUAUAGCUACUUCCUAUACUACUCGCGAGGCCCCACAUCCGAUGCUGGGUGUAAAUGUUGUUGAAGGUACUACAGGAACACAAAUCCAGUGGAGAAAUAUCCUAUUCCCCAAAGAAAUCACUUGGAUACCUGGUCACCGAUUGCAGGGCCAGAAUGUCUUCCCUGCAUCUGGAUAUGUGUGUAUGGCGAUUGAGGCUAUAAUGACUCUUGCGAGCAACCGGGACGUGCAACUGAUUGAACUGGAGGAUGUUGACAUUGCUCGUGCUAUUUCGUUUCUUGAUGAUACUACUGGGAUAGAGCUUAUCUUCAACCUUAAUGUCUUGUCAUCCGAUCAUGAUUCUGUCAGCGCUAGCUUUCAGAUAUCAUCAUGCCCCAAGGGUGAUAACGUACUGACUUUGAACGGAAAAGGAAAGAUAUCUCUUCGUUUCGGUGACCCCAUUGUUAACGCGCUUUCAGCUUCUCAGAUGCCUCAGUUCAACAUGACAAAUGUUGAUAUUGACCGAUUUUACAAGUAUCUAUCGGACAUGGGCUAUAACUAUUCUCCGCCCUUCAAGGCAAUCAGUUCCAUCCUUCGCAGGAAGGAUGCAGCAGUUGGAGAAAUCACUGAUUCUCGCGGCGAAGCAUGGGAAGACAAUUUCCUUAUGCACCCUGGUUUUGUUGAUACCAGUUUCCAAGCCGUCUUUGCUGCAUUCAGUUCUCCCGGAGAUGACCGGCUCUGGUCUAUCCAUGUUCCUACUAAAAUCAACCGGUUAUCAAUUAACCCGUCAUUAGCAGUUUUCCCACCAGGUGAAGAAGUCGUUUGGCCUUGGCAAGCUGCUGUGACCAGUGGAACACAUGAUACACCUACAGCUGACAUUGAAGUCUUUGCCCCCAAUAAGAAUGGAGUUCUCAUGGAAAUUGAAGGCAUUGUCCUUGUUCCACUGGCCAAGGCUUCAGCGGAGAACGAUGUUAAGCUAUUCUCCAACCUUGUCUACGAUCUAGCUCAACCGGACGGCGCUAUUGCCUCUCCCCAUCGUUUACCCGAGUCUGACGCUCAUAUCGCGAGGGUUUCUGAGAGAUUCUCUUUCUACUGGAUCAACCAACUCCUGAAUACCAUCACCACUAAAGAGGAGGAGGAAACUCUUCCACACUUCAAACAUAUGCUUAGGUGGUGCAGAUUUGUGCACAAGCAAGUUAUUGAUGGGGAGCACCCCUUUGUUGGGCCUGAUGCUGUGAAUGAUACCUUGGAUUAUGUAGAGUCUCUUGUUGCCGAUGCCGGAGAUCGUGCUGAUAUUGGUAUUCUCAGAGCAGUUGGCCAAAAUAUUGCUCACGUUAUUCGCACUCGUGGAAAUAUUCACGAGUAUGCAUUGAAGGAUAACAUCCUGGAUCGCUUCUAUGAGGAGGCUAUUGGCCUGGAUAUCACCAACCAGUGGGAAGCAAACCUCGCUGCUCAAAUUGCUUACCGAUAUCCACGAAUGAAUAUUAUCGAAAUUGGUGCCGGUACGGGCGGAUCAACUAGAAUGAUUCUCCCUACUUUAGGAAAGGCCUUUUCAACUUAUACGUUCACGGAUAUUUCUUCUGGAUUUUUCGAGGCGGCAGAGGAGAGAUUUAGCCAAUAUGCAGAUCGCAUGAUUUUUAAAACUCUUGACAUGGAAAAGGAUCUCAGCGAGCAGGGAUUUACCGAAGGUCAUUAUGAUAUGGUUCUUGCUUCAAACGCUCUACAUGUUGGCCCUGAUAUUGAUUUGACUUUGUCGAAUGUGCGCAAACUUGUGAAACCAGGUGGUUGGUUAAUCAACAUGGAGGUGGCCACAUACUUCCCAAGCUUACGAGAGGGUUUCUCGAUGUCUGGCUUCCCAGGCUGGUGGUGUGGUGCUGAAACAGGUCGUCCAUGGGGCCCGACAAUAACCGUGGAUGAAUGGGAUAAAGUGUACAGGCGAACUGGAUGGUCCGGUGUUGACACAUUCACUCCCAACAUUGACUCUAUAGACCACUUGGUUGUUAUGGUGACCCAGGCCGUGGAUUCCCAAAUCUACACUCUUAGAGAUCCUCUCUCCCCUGAACACGCUCAUCCACCACGCGACAAUCUUGUUAUUAUAGGUGGAAGUACUGAUGAAGUUGCCAACAUCGUUACAGAAUGUGCGAACAUCCUACGGCCGCAUUUCAGUUCGAUCUCAAACGUAAUUUCAAUUGAUGAUUUUAGCAACAGCGAGAGCGACGCGGUUGCCACAGUCUUAAAUUUGGCUGAGCUAGAUGUACCAAUUAUGAAAGAGCUCAUGGACAACCAACCCCAGAAGCUUGAUGGCGUUAAGGAGGUAUUUUCAACCCCCAGGGAGAUUCUUUGGGUGACCAAAGGCAACAGAUCGGAGAGCCCGUUCUCCCGCAUGUUGGUCGGCAUGGCGCGCACCCUCCGCAGAGAGUAUUCUGGGAUCAAUUUCCAGGCACUUGACGUUGAUUUACUGGAUUCAAACUCUGCUAAGCUGUUUGCGGAGACCUUACUCCGACACGUCAAUCUCAAUGAGGCAAACAGUCGACUUGUUCCAGGAUCCAUUCUAUGGAGUGAUGAAUCUGAGUAUCAUCUGGAGAAUAACAAAAUUUAUACCCCCAGACUUAUGUCUGCAGAUAAGCUGAAUGACCGAUACAAUUCAUAUAAACGCCGUAUUACUCACGAAGUCCCUGCCAAUUCAUCCUGUAUUGAAUUGACCAUUAAGGGAGACUCAUAUGACCUUUUCGAACCAUCUCCUCUUAAACCUACUGCUGGGUCAGAUGGUGAUAGUGAAAUUACUGUAAUGAAAUCCCUGCUUCAAUCCGUGGAAGUCCCUUUGGUGGGACACUUCUUCUUGUGCUAUGGCAAGAAUAACUCCGGUGAAAAUGUCAUCGCUCUCUCAGAUCAGAGCAAGUCAGUGGUUCAUAUUCCAAAGCCGUGGACCAUACCGUACAGUGGGGAGGCCAAUUCAGCACAGGUUCUUCUUUCAAUUGCUGCUAAUCUCGUUGCGCAUCUGAUCAUCGAGGACGCCAUAACGAACAGUACUAUUCUAGUCCAUGAGCCUGACCAAAUUGUAGCUGCUGCCAUUAGCAAGCUAGCAGUGUCGAAAAAGAUUCGAACUUUUUUCACUACUACACAAAUUUCAAAGAAGGGGCCACAGUGGACUUAUAUUCAUCCCAAAACCCCUCGCCGUUUGUUGAGAAAGCAGUUGCCCAAAGGAGUAUCCCUUUUCAUCAGUUUUUCCAAUUUCUCGGACGAUCAGGCUAUAUCUAACCUCCUGGAGUGCCUGCCCGUUUAUUGCAAACAAUCAAACCGAUAUCUGUUUUUCGGAAACAAGAUUGCAAAACGCUUUGGCUCCGACGUUGACCUUGUCUCCAAAUAUUUAUCCACAGGCUUUGAUAUUUCUAAGGCUGCUAACUUCAUGGUGCCUGAGAAUAGGUCUAGUCUGCCUCUGGAUAAGGUUCCUGGGUAUUCUGAUAAAAACAAACGCCUAUUAGUAGUCGAUUGGGCGGUCGAUACCCAAAUACCGCUUACUGUCGAGCCUAUUGACCCUUACGCCAACCUUUUCACUGCAGAAAAAACAUACCUCAUGGUUGGUUUGUCUGGAGAAAUGGGCCAGUCUCUCGCAGAAUGGAUGAUAAGCCGAGGGGCGAGAUAUGUUGUCCUUACCAGCAGGAGACCUAAGGUAAAUGCUCAGUGGAUCGAAAGUAUGGAAGACGAAUAUGGGGCAACCAUAAAGCAAAUGCCGCUGGAUAUUACGGACACGGAUGCUCUUCAAGCUUGCUAUAACAAAAUAUGCCGCACGAUGCCGCCUAUUGGUGGAGUUGCACACGGAGCUAUGGUUUUGGUUGACAGUCUCUUUCAGAAGAUGAGUUAUGACGACCUUAUGGCAGCUCUAAGGCCAAAGGUCCUUGGAGCAAUCAACCUGGAUAACCUUUUCUCGGAGAAUACCCUUGACUUUUUUAUUUUGUUCUCUUCCAUUACAGCCCUAAUUGGCAACGCUGGUCAGAGUAACUAUAUAGGCGCCAACAGUUUCAUGGAAUCUCUAGGCUUGCAGCGUCGUCGUAAGGGUCUUGCCGCAUCCGUUAUCGCCAUUUCGUCCCUUAUUGGCCUUGGCUAUUUUGAGCGCGCCGAAGAUCUAGAUAUCGACCAAUUUUCUCGAUCUGGAUACAGAAAUGUUUCUGAACAGGACAUUCACACCUUGUUUGCAGAAGCAAUCGUCAGAGGAAGACCAGGGACGACCGAAAGCCACGAAGUCGUUUCCGGCGUUGUUCCUACCUAUGCGGAUGGAGAUAUCAGAGCAUCCUACCUAAAAGAUAGCAAGUUCUCCCACUUGAUUCUGGAACGUACUUCAGCCAAACAGGAUGGCACUUCAUCUGCCCAAAUUCCCGUUAGGAUUCAGCUUCUUACGGCGACAACAGAGGAAGAAGUUUGCGAUAUCAUGCAAUCUGGGUUUACACGAAGAAUCAAGAAGAUGCUACGUAUCCCAGAAGAGGAUGACUUUAAUGCAACAGCUUCACUUGUAGAGCAGGGGGUCGACUCACUGGUUGCAGUUGAGAUUCGAACCUGGUUUAUCCGAGAAGUUGAUAUCGACAUGCCAGUUCUCAAAGUCCUAGGUGGUUCAUCUGUCUCUGAUUUGAUAAAUGAUGCCAUGCUGCGGAUAUCCCCCGACCUUACCCCUAACCUAGGAGCCGAAGGGGCUCAAGUCGAAGCCAAUAGAAAACCUGCACCACCUGAAGAGACUCCCACCAUUUCUUCUACACCAGUUAUGGUGCAGAAGUCAGCUCCUACUAUGCAAGAGGCCGAACCCAAUCUCAAAAUUACAAAUGUCAACCCAGCAGCAAUAUCUAUUCCUGAUAUUACCACACCAGCCAUAUUACUAUCAACCGAAGUCAAGGAAAUCAAGUCUGACCGACAAAACUUCGAUAGCUUAGCUAAAUCAGAAGUCACCGAAAUCAUGUCCUUUGGGCAAUCGCGGUUUUGGUUCCUUAAUCAAGCUCUCCAGGAUAAAACAACGUUCAACAUGGCAAUUUUGGUCAGGCUUAGCGGUCGUAUUCGUGUUAAAGACAUGGAAAGAGCCUUGGAAACUGUGGUUUUAAGGCAUGAUGCCCUUCGCACAAGAUACUUUUCAACCGGUGAAUAUAUGGAGAACCCAAUGCAAGGGGUUAUUCCAACAUCGGCAGUCAAACUUGUUGUCAAGCAUUGUAAGGACGAAUCUGGCGCUUACAGGGAGCUUGAUGAAAUCAGAUCCCACGUAUGGGACCUAAAUAGUUGGGAAACCAUGAAAGUAUCUCUGCUUUCUUCCUCUGAAACGAUGCACUACCUUGUCAUUGGAUGUCACCACAUUGGCAUGGACGGAUUCAGCUUCAACAUUUUCUAUAGUGACCUUGAAAAGGCAUACGAAGGACAGAAGCUUCCUGCUAUUUCUAAAUCUGCACAGUACGGAGCGUUUGCACGAAAACAACGUGAAGAUUGGGAUAAUGGUAAUAUGAAAGCGGACCUCGCAUACUACCGUGAAAUUAUACCUACAAACCUCAACCCUAUUCCCCUAUUUCCAUUUGCAAAGUCCAGCACACGAUUGCCCCUGGAUGUCUACGGUACCCAUAGCGCAGACAUUCGCCUUGAGCCAGCACUGACAAGGAAAAUCAAAGCUGCUUCCCGAUCUCUUAGCUCGACAACAUUUCAUUUCUAUCUUGCAGUCCUCCAGGCUCUUGUUUUCCGUCAAUUAGACGACUGUGAUGAAUUUUUCAUCGGAGUUGCUGACGCAAAUAGGACGGAUGACAAAUUUAUCAGCACCCUUGGGUUCUUCCUCAACCUCCUUCCAGUACGUUUCGAACGCUCUGCUGCAGAGAAGUUCGGAGACGCUGUAAAACAGGUCCGAAACAAAGUGUACAAAGGACUGGCCCAUUCUAAGUUGCCUUUUGACAUACUUCUGGAUGAGUUAAAAAUCCCUCGGUCAGCAACUUCCACUCCCAUCUUCCAGGUUUUCGUGGACUACAGACAAGGUGUCGAAGAGAAACAAAAGUACAUGGGUCUUGAUGCUAUAGGUGAAAAGUGGCACCUUGCAAGGACUGGAUAUGACAUGACUCUCGAUAUUGUUGAAAAUGCUACUGGUGAUACCCGCCUUGAACUACGCCUUCAACAAUGUCUAUACACGGCAAAACAUACCAAACUUUUGCUAGAAGGCUAUGCGAACCUCUUGAUGGCCUUUGCUGAUAACCCAGCUGUAAACUGGAAUGCACCGGAUGUUUGGGAUAGUAAGACGAUUAAUGAUGCGAUUGAAGUCGGCCGCGUGUCUGAACGUGGCACCAAUAUCUGUCUCAAGGAUGGAACUGGAAAGAUCAUGACUUAUUCACAGAUGGCACGCCGUGUCAACUCCAUUUGCUCCGCCUUGGUUACAGCUAAUGUUACUGAGGGCGACAAGGUGGCUGUCUUCCAACAGCCCACUGCCGACUGGGUUUGCUCACUGCUUGCCAUAUUCCGUGCUGGAGCUGUUUAUGUUCCUCUUGAUCUCCGGACUCCCUUCCCUCGUCUUGCUGCGAUUGUCGAUCAAAUUCGGCCUCAAGCGAUUCUUGCUCAUAGCCAAACUCUCGGAGAUGUGGAACACAUCAAUACUUCAGCCUCCGCAGUCGUGGAUAUAACCAAUCUACCUACCAACAGCCCAUUCAUGCCGAACAUUGCCAAACCUGGCGCACCCGCGGUUAUUCUGUUCACUAGUGGCUCAACAGGGACCCCCAAAGGUAUCCAUAUCAAUCACAGCAACAUCGUAAAACAGCUAGAAGGCUGCUCCAAACAAUUUGAUUUGAAGAGCUCUGCCUCCUACGUCCUUCACCAAACCGCAUACUCUUUCGACAAAUCACUCGAACAGAUUUUUACCGCAUUGGUACAUGGUGGUGCCCUCUACGUUGUUCCGGCGGAGCAGCGUGGUGACCCUAUAUCAAUCACUAAUAUCAUGGCCUCAGAGGGGAUAACGCAUACUGCUACUACACCGUCAGAAUAUCUAAUGUGGUUCCGUUACGCAAGAGACAAUCUCCUGAAAUGCAAAUCUUGGAAGUGUGCCCUUCUUGGAGGGGAAGUUGCUUCAGAUGCUGUCCUUGAAGAAUUCCGAAAGUUGGGGAUGCCGAUCAGACUCCUUGACAGCUAUGGCCCCGCUGAAAUCACCAUGUCCUGUGCUAAGGUUGAGUUGCCAUAUCGUUCUAUGGUGGUCGGUACACAAGCACCAGUAGGCUUCAUGUUGCCUAAUUACUCUGUCGCUAUCGUGGAUCCUAAGAUGAACCCCCUCCCUCUCGGCUUCGCUGGUGAGAUUGUUAUCGGAGGUGUAGGCGUGGCCGGGGGUUACCUGAACAAUGAUGAACUAACUAGACAGAAGUUCAUUGCAAACAACUUUGGGGGAGAAGGAAUGUUGUACCGUACUGGAGACAAGGGCCGUCUUACUGAAGAAGGGGCUCUUUUCUUUGAGGGCCGAAUAGAUGGUGAUACCCAAAUCAAGUUACGGGGUGUCCGUAUCGAACUUGAAGACAUCGAAAGCACCAUAAUUCAAGCUUCGACGGGUGCCCUUACCCAUGCUGUUGCUACCGUGCGUGGAGAACAAGACUCUGCCUUCUUAGUAGCACACGUUGUGUUCUCCACAGCGUAUACAGAAUAUCGCGACGAAUUGCUUGCCCGACUUCCAACGAUUCUACCACUACCGCAGUAUAUGAUUCCUACUGUCUUUGUUGCCUUAGACAAUGUUCCAUUCACGGCUCAUUUCAAGGUUGACCGGAAAGCAGUGCAGGCUCUCCCGAUCCCGAAGGUAGAACAGAAGUCAACAGAGGAGCUAACUGAACAGACGGAAACUGAAUCCCAUCUUGCUGGGCUUUGCACCGACUUCUUCCAUGCUGGAGGUAAUUCUCUAAUGCUUGUUAAACUGCAAGCAAUGAUACGCCAAAGCUUCAGCGUUAGCAUCCAGCUCUUUGAUAUAAUGAAUGCGGGGACCCUGCAAAACAUGGCUCGCUUAAUUGAUGACGCCCUUGGGGUCAAGGAACUGGACUGGACUGCAGAAACUGAUCUUCCAACGCUACCUAAGUCUAACGCCGACGUUUCACCUCCAAAACAGAAAGAUAUGGUGGUUAUGAUGACUGGAGCUACUGGUGUUCUUGGUAGAAAUGUCCUUGCCCAUUUGGUAGCGGAUGACCGUAUAUCCAAGAUAUAUACGUUAGCUGUACGCCCGCAAAGCGAUAUCUCAAUCUUGACUCGCAUUCCCGAUCCUAAGGGGAAGAUGGUCAUUAAGCAUGGCAACCUCGACAAAGCUCGUCUUGGUCUAUCUGAAAAAGAGGCGAUGCUUCUUUCAAGCGAACUCGAUGCAAUCCUACACCUUGGUGCCAACCGUUCAUUCUGGGAUUCAUAUUACCAUCUCCGUGCUACAAAUGUCUCUAGCGUCAAAGAAAUUGUGAAGAUUGCAUACCCACGCAAGGUCCCUAUUCACUUCUGUUCUUCAGGAGGAGUUACAUUGUACUCAGGAGGCUUUCCACCUGCUAGUGGACAUGAUGGAUACGUCGCCUCUAAACAGUCUCAGAGAAAACCAGAUCUAGAUGGUCUAACUGGCAGUAUAGGCAUAAUUCCUCUCGAACGCAUUGCCGGAGACAUCGUGAGGACUUUAUUUGACGAGGCUACCAAAUUAAGCCAUCCAGAAGUUAUAACACACUCUAGUACUCUCAACGUCAGCAUCAAGGGCUUUGCCGAUAAGAUAAAACAAGAUGAAGCUGUGUCCAAGCUGGAAGGCAUGCCGGCCCUGAAAUGGAUGGGAUUGGCUAAAAAGAAGGGAUGGAGCCAGUUCAUGGUUGGUCAUGAAAUCUCAAUGAGCAACUCCAAGGACCACAUUGUCUCUACUCGAUAG